AUGCUUUUCUACCAUCUGCUUUUAAUCCUGAUUAUCAUCUUCAGUAAAAUAAAACAUGAGUCGUCAUUAAUCCCCUGUGCCCAUUUCAGGCUGGCAGCUACCAAAGGAAUCAAGGUUCCCCGCCGGGAUUUCCUGAAAGUCAACGUUAGAAGCACCUGUGAUGACAUCAUAAACUACCUGCUGGAGCGGGUCGCACCACCUCGUCCAGGUCUGCCCCGACCCCGAUUCUCCCUCUACCUGUCCUCUCAGCUUCAGUAUGGUAUCGUUGUGGUCUACCACCGGCAGUGUGCUAUUCUUCUGGAGGAACUUCAGUCCAUUGUGGGACAGCUGGUCAAACAGAGACCCUCACAGAAAAUUGAUAUGGAUGACCACAGCAGACCAUCUCUGGUCCUGCCAGAUGCCCUGACUCUGCUGGAGGAGACAGACGGCGCUCCCGACCCUUUAUUUGGAGUGAUGCAGCUGCAGGAUGCCAUGCCCAGCCCCAGUACACUAGUACAGAUGAGUUGGGAGUAUCUGAGAGAAGCCUCUCCUGAGCAUCCUGAACUGAUCAGUCCAGCUGCUGCACUGGAAAGCGGUAUAACUGUGUCUCCAGAGGCCAUCACUCUGAGAGAGGCGGAGCCUGUUGGUAUCCCCGUUACAGAGUUUGAGGGUGCAGAGCUGGUUGAUGACCAUCCAGAUACUAUUGACUUCCUGCUGGCACAAACAGAUCACUUUCCAGAAGGAGAUUUGGAGAUACCGGGAGAAAAGGUGGCAGCAGGGGAACAAGAAAAAGAGGUGGAACGGGAAGAACGAGAGGGCGACCUGGAGAAACACGGAGCAAAGGAGCUCACAGGAUCCACUCUAGAGUUGCAGCCCACUACUCUUUCCAGUGAGGAGGCUAUUUUGUUGCCUCAGGAAGAGCCAGGCCUGCCCGCAGAGAAGCCCCCCACAGACCAGCUCACGCCCGUCUCUGUGCCCGGCCUGCCUUCUCCGCCCUCUGCAGCAAAGGAACGUGAAAGGCGUCUAAGAAGUCUGGAGUUGGAGGAUGUGGCUUCACCAGAGAUGAAGAAGAGGAAGAGGAGAAGGAGGCAGCUGAUCUUCUUUGACCCGGUGACGCAGCUCUCCCAGGAUGAUCUGCAGCGACAGAUCGACGACCCUUUGACCGAGACGAGGCGACCACUCCUCGCCCCGCUUUCCUUUCAAAGGAUCCUUCCUGCUGCUGAUCUCUUCAACAAGCCCUGCACCUUCUUGCCUGAAGAGGUUCAGUUUCUAUGGAGACAGAGUGCAACCAUCACACCCCUCUCGGGCUCGGACCUGCAAGUUGGGGAGCGAGGCCCCGAAUCCACUGAUUCUGAAAGGGAGAGAGAGCGUGAGAUGAUCGAGGUUCCUGAAAGAGAGCAGGUCCUCAGAGAAAUGGCAGAAACAGAGAUGCUUGAUAUUUCAGCCCAGGGUACACUGCCACUGGAGGGCAGUGACCAGAGAGAGGUGUCUCGAGAGAUCUCCCCCUUAUAUCUAUCUGAAGGGUCCACUCUCUCCAGGUCUAUUUCUACACUGAGGGACAUCCCAGAGGUGUCGGACGAGUUGCCUGGGAGAGUAGCCGCAGAGUCACCUCGGUUGCUGCCAGAAUUGGCCGAGGGUGAAGUAGAGCCUCUGCUUUUUCAGUCCCUCUUGCCGCCCGAGGUCAAUCGCAAAACUGUCAGCAAUGUUUUUCAGCGGCUUCUGGCAUCUUUAUCUGCCAGGAAGCUGCGUGUGGAGCAGGAUGAGCCUUAUGGUGACAUCUUCAUAUUUCGUGGCUCCAACUAUGAAGAAAAAGAUCUGCCUUUGUAACAUGGAAGCAGCGAAGCAGCGCUGAGCCUCCUGAUCGGACUUGUUCCGUUUUAAAGCCAGACUGGAAACUUCGUGUUCAACAGUAUCAUAAAUACAAAGCAGUGUUU